AUGCCGUCGAAUCACCUUUGGCACUACCGCUCCUUGAACAUCAGUGCUCUUCUUGCCUCUGGCAAGUAUUACAUUGACGAUAACGGCUACCUCGUUGCUGUUGGUAAUGGAACGCGCUAUCGUCUGCCAUCGGGACCCCCGGAAGGUCGUGCCAGUGGCCCCUUCGAACUGCAGCCCAUUCUUCCGGGCAAGAACCAACAACUGGCAGAUUCCGCUGUUGAGUGGCUGGAUUUGGCCACCGCUACGACAACUACUGCAUCGAGCACAACGCUGGCGAGGAUGAAUACUCCCUCCAGGUUGAAUUUCACAUCAACGGGGGUUCAGGCUAUGCCAAGUGCGUUGAAUUGGUCUUUGGCGUUGAUUGCCUGCUCCGCGGCGUUGAUAGCCAAUUUGGGACUGGUAUCGAUCAGUUGUUGGUACCUGUUUCGUGGAAAAAGGAGAAUGCGAAGCAUGACAGUGGCUGUUGAACCGAGAAAUUCUAUUCCCCUUCAGACAAUCCCUGCCCGUCGAGAGGAAGGAAUCGGAUUAGCGACAGAAGUAAAGAGCGAGGUUCAACAAAUAGGGAUAACUUCUGUGUCAUCAGGUGAUAGCCAUUCCAGCUCCGUAUCUCUCAGCUCUGAUGACUACCAUCAACCCCGUCUUAGGACCAGGAAAUCCACUACCAAAGAUCUUCCUUCUGUCAAUGCUUUCCUUUCCAACUCCCGUUCUUGUCUCGGCGUCGGCAUCCACAUAUCUCUUCUCGGUUUCCUACUAGCCUUUCUUCACCUCCUCAUCACUUGUUUUCACAUCACCCAAACUCCUCUCAGCUCCAUUCUCUGUCUAUUCAUCACCUCUAUCUCCACUGACACAAUCUUCUGCGUUUAUUUCCAUCUCCUUACCUGCCUUCUCUGUCUGAUCCUCAUUGGAUACCUCUCUCGUCCUUCUACCACCCGCUCAAGCCAACAACGAUUUGCUUGUCUUGCCCUCUCCCACUCUCUACCAUGGGCGCUUGCUGCGGGUUCCGCGCUGUUCAUCACCCUUAAACCAUUCCCCUCUGCUCAAGUGAAUCUCUUCUUCACUGGGUUUCAUGCUUCCUGCAAUAUGGAACACCUCCAAGAACUCUAUCUUCUCACCGUAGUGCUUUUGGUUGUGAUUCCACUCGUUGGUGAAUUCAUCUUUGUCCUACUCCUCUUCUGCUGUUGCCGACGUCUACCUCGAAGGAUUUGCUUCCUCGCGACCCUCCUUCCAAUCACCAACGCCGUAUCCUUCAUUCCUGUGCUUGCAGUGGGUCUACCAAACCUAAUCCUCCUUCCACUUACCCUAGAUCCAAUAAUAAUUGCUCUAUUUUAUCGAUUUUCCAUCCCGAUUGAUCAUGGUGAAAUCCAUGACCUUACAACCAAUCACUUAAAUCAAGAUCGAUCUCCGUUGCAUCAAAUGGUAAUGGAGAUAUCACCGUCCCUUUCCUCCGAGAUCUACUUUCCUCAGACAAUUCUGGCCAUUGCACCACAUCGAUGUAGUCAUGGCAAUGAGCUGCCUAGCGUCUCGCCAAAGCUAUGUCCACAUCAUCAGCAUAUUCUGGCGCAUUCGCAGAAUUGUACGAAUGAGAGGAGUUUGUGCAAUGAGAUUCUUCAGCCAGCUGGGGAGGCGGACGGUUGUCCGCCUCCAAAUCAACACCGUGGAGGCUGGUUCACAGGAGAUUCAAAAGAUCCAGGUAGCUAG